GCGAGGCGCUAGGGCGCGCAGUUGGCGCGGGGCAGCGGCGGCGAUGCCGGACCCCGCUGCGCACCUGCCCUUCUUCUACGGCAGCAUCUCGCGCGCUGAGGCCGAGGAGCACCUGAAGCUGGCGGGCAUGGCCGACGGCCUCUUCCUGCUGCGCCAGUGCCUGCGCUCGCUGGGCGGCUACGUGCUCUCGCUGGUGCACGACGUGCGCUUCCACCACUUCUCCAUCGAGCGCCAGCUCAACGGCACCUACGCCAGCCGGCCGUCGGGGCUGGAGCCGCAGCCCGGGGUCUUCGAUUGCCUUCGGGACGCCAUGGUGCGCGACUACGUGCGCCAGACGUGGAAGCUGGAGGGCGAGGCCCUGGAGCAGGCCAUCCUCAGCCAGGCGCCCCAGGUGGAGAAGCUCAUCGCCACCACAGCGCACGAGCGGAUGCCCUGGUACCACAGCAACCUGACGCGCGAGGAGGCCGAGCGCAAGCUCUACGCGAGCUCGCAGACCGACGGCAAGUUCCUGCUGAGGCCCCGGAAAGAGCAGGGCACAUACGCACUGUCUAUGAUCUAUGGGAAAACCGUGUACCACUACCUCAUCAGCCAGGACAAGGCCGGCAAGUACUGCAUACCCGAGGGGACCAAGUUUGACACGCUCUGGCAGCUGGUGGAGUACCUGAAGCUGAAGGCGGACGGGCUCAUCUACUGUCUGAAGGAGGCCUGCCCCAACGCCAGCGCCAGCGCCAGCACAGGGGCCGCUGCUCCCACCCUCCCUGCCCACCCAUCCACGUUCACCCAUCCUCAGAGACGGAUCGACACCCUUAACUCAGAUGGAUAUACCCCUGAACCAGCCCGCCUAGCGUCCCCAGAGAAGCCGCGGCCCCUGCCCAUGGACACGAGCGUGUACGAGAGCCCCUACAGCGACCCCGAGGAGCUCAAGGACAAGAAACUCUUCCUGAAGCGCGACAACCUCCUUGUAGCUGACAUCGAACUUGGUUGCGGCAACUUUGGCUCCGUGCGCCAGGGCGUCUACCGCAUGCGCAAGAAGCAGAUCGACGUGGCCAUCAAGGUGCUGAAACACAGCACAGAGAAGGCGGACAAGGACGAGAUGAUGCGCGAGGCGCAGAUCAUGCACCAGCUGGACAACCCCUACAUCGUGCGGCUCAUCGGCGUCUGCCAGGCGGAGGCCCUGAUGCUCAUCAUGGAGAUGGCGGGCGGCGGGCCGCUGCACAAGUUCCUCACCGGGAAGAAGGAGGAGAUCCCGGUGAGCAACGUGGCGGAGCUGCUGCACCAGGUGUCCAUGGGGAUGAAGUACCUGGAGGAGAAGAACUUCGUGCACCGCGACCUGGCGGCCCGCAACGUCCUGCUGGUGAACCGGCACUACGCCAAGAUCAGCGACUUCGGCCUCUCCAAGGCGCUGGGCGCGGACGACAGCUACUACACCAAGAUGAAGGGGCCCGAGGUCAUGGCCUUCAUCGAGCAGGGCAAGCGGAUGGAGUGCCCGCCAGACUGUCCGGCUGAAAUGUACGCGCUCAUGAGCGACUGCUGGAUCUACAAGUGGGAGGACCGCCCGGACUUCCUGACUGUGGAGCAGCGCAUGCGGACCUACUACUACAGCUUGGCGAGCAAGGCUGAGGGCCCCCCGGAGAGUGAGAAGGGGGCGAAAGCUGCCAGUGCCUGAGCACCCCCUGCCCAGGGCCUGCGGGCCCCUAGGCCCAGCCUUUCCUCUGUGCCUUCAGCCCAUCCCAGGAUCCAGUGUGGCCCGGCCAGGCCAGCUCCUCCCCGCAGCUGGGCUGUGAGUGGGAAGCUGAGGCCGAGGCCCACACUGGUUAGGCAUGUCCUACCUGGUCACCCAUCCUUUCUGGCUGGGGGAGGGAUGCCCUGAGAUGGGGGUGGGGUUGUGUAGCCUGGCCCUGGGCGGGCAUGUACAGGGGGGCCCUGAGCCGAGGGGUGCUUACAACAAGGACCCUCCUUCCUUGCCCUGAAGGGGAGGACUCUGGGAGUCCUCAGGUGGCAAGACCUUAACCAUGGAAUAAAUCAGCUUCUCUCUUG